AUGUCUGCGUUUGUGUGCAAGCCCGACCCGUUGCAAAGCAUCUUCGUCUCGCCGCCCACAAUGGAGCUUAGCGUGAGACUACCGAGCGACGUCUUCGUGCUUCCCAGCCCACUCUAUGGUGCUGUGGACACCAGCGAUGCUUUCGACACGCCUCCCGCUUACGCCGCAUCAUCCUCAUCCACGGCAUCAGCCUCUUCAUCUUCCCACCCCUCGCUAACAGCGUAUAUUCAGCUUAAAGUUCCUGCAACCGCAUCGACGUCCUACAGCCUGGCAUCGCUGAGCGCCAAGCUGGUAGCCAGCGAGUCGCUCAUGUACAACAACGGCGGAUUCGAACAGAGCUUCCCCAUCGAACUCACCUCCAACCCCCUUCGACACCCAUGUACGCUGCAGCCUGGACGAACGUACGAGUUUAUAGCCCAGAUUGCAUGUCCUCGCAACCUGCCUCCCAGCGUCCAGCUACAAGACGCCAGGUUGAGGUACAAACUUCAUGCCACCGCGAAAAUCACCCCGACCACCAGAGGAUGGUUCAGCUUGGCGAAAACGCUUACAGCCGAGAGGGAGGUGAGGGUGGUUCAGGCUGCCCCGGAAGAGGCGUUUGACUUUUCGCAUGUCAAGUACGUCUCGAUCGACGGGCUCGGCUCAACAUGCAUUUCCGUCCCACCCUCUCCAUGCAAGAUCGGCGAAUCCACACAGCUGGGUCUCACACUGCCCAGCAAAGAUGCAAGAGACUGCAUCGAGCAUGUACAGAUGCAGCUCGUCCAACAGACACAGAUAUGCAAAAGCUCAAGGUCCUCAAUCUACACGCAGACCAUACCUACCCUCGCCUUGAAGCUGCAUACACAACCUUCGCCCGGCCCAGUCGAUUUCGCUUCACAAAAGGGCUACAGUGCGGAGGAUAGCGUCUUGGAAGCCCACUUCAGCAUCCCAACAGACGUUCAGCCCUCGACACUGGCGGGCAGCACAGCCGUGAUCAAUGUCUCGCAUCGCAUGCAGAUGACCAUAAACUUCAAGCACACCCCACACAGCUUCGCAUGCUCCUGGCCCGUCACCCUCGCCCAUCCACAUGCAGUACGCAGCUCCGCAAUCGACCCCCUCCCACCCUACUCCAAACAUACCCUUCCUGCACCCCUCCCCCCUCCCUCAUUGCAAACCCUGUAA